AAUAUUUACUCUCUCGCGCGGGACGGGAUGGCCAGUCGUCAGUCAGCCGUUUGCAGGCACCUCAGUUGUACGCCAUUUUUGAAAACGAAAGUCGUCUCUCGCUCUUUUGAGCACACGCGCGCGCGAAAUGCCCGUCGACUUGUACUGCAAUGUAAUUGCGCCGUUUUGCCGGUCCGUUAUGCUGCUGGCCAAAGCCCUAGACGUCGAGAUGAAUUUGAUCGACGUGAACGUUCUGAAGAGGGAGCAGUACAAACCGGAAUUUCUAGCGCUCAACCCGCAACACUGCAUCCCGACCGUGGUGGACGGUGACGUCGUCGUUUGGGAAUCAAACGCGAUCCUGAUCUACCUGGCGGAAAAGUACGGAACCGAAGAGAAGCAGUACUACCCCAAGGACAUUGGCGAGCGGGCCAAAGUCAACCGGCUGCUGUUCUUCCAGCUGGGAGCACUGCACCGAAACGUGUCCGCCUACUACUUCCCGAUUCUGAUGGGCGGCGAGGGCAAACCGGAAGACUUUCGUAAGGUCCAGGACACGGUCUGCAUCCUGGACAAGUUCCUCGAAGGUAACCGUUGGCUUGCCGGUGACCAACUAACGGUCGCCGACUUUAGCGUAGUUAUUAGCGUCGCGGCGCUCGAAGGCGUCGUCAAGUUUGACCUGUCCCGCUACCGCAACGUCUGCCGGUGGUACCAGCUGUGCAAACAGGAAUUCCAAGGUUUCGAAGAGAUGACCAUGGAAGCGACCAACAAGUCGAAAGAGUGCUUCGAAGCUCUUAGAAAGUACAAAAAGGACGAAAUUCUGAUGGCACAGGAGUCGCCAUGUUGUAGUGGAGACAGUGCUGCCAGCAACGACGAACCCAGCAGUAAAAGUGACAAACAAGACGACCCGGACACGUGAUAAAAACA